CUAUGGGCUCAUCAUGAACUAGAGAAAUCUAGAUACAGCAUUUACGGCAACAACCCCGAUAUUUCUUGGAUUGUUCACCAAGCUAUCCCCAGAUAUUUCACAAACCAGCUAUCAAUCAACACCGUCAGCUCCCCUUAAUAUAUAGACACCACCUCUUCCAAUCACCAACCCAAACAAGCAAAAAAAAACCUAACCUCAAAUUCUCACAAUCAAAUCAAAUCGCGAUGGCUCUCAACUGGCUUCUCAAUUCAGCGUACACAAUACUCCUACAGCACUACGCACCGCGCAACGAGCAGACGAUAUCUGAUCCGAAGAAUGAGGAGGAUCGGCUGAAAAUGAAUCGCCGGGAGAUUGAGAAUAAAGUGGGGAGUAGUGGAGGACGGUUCCAGAUGCCUCUGCAUUACCCGAGGUACGCGAAAUCGGAUUACGAAAAGAUGGAGGAGUGGAAGGUGGACGCGCUGCUCCGGCAGUACGGACUUAGUUUCGAUGGUAGUUUGGAGGAGAAGAGGCGGUUCGCCAUGGGCGCAUUUUUGUGGCCUGAUCAGUACUGAUCAUCAUGAUUUGGGAAUUGAGCGUAUUUUGAUGUGUUGUAGAGUAUAAUAUGCUACUUGUUAAGGUACAGUCGAUGUACUGCUGACUGCUGAGACUGGUGUUAUGGGUAGACCUAAUAAUUUAACCUUUUAGGGAUUUUGGUGCCUUUUCCUUAGCUGGUUUGUAAUUUGAGUAAAUUACAACAGCUCUUGUGAGAUUUUUAUCAUAAUUAUAAUUAUUUAUAUAUAAUUUAAAAUUA